AUGACAGCGCCUCCUCCAACCAGCGCGCAGCAAGCGCAUCCGCUUCGACCUUAUUAUCAGCCGCCGGAGGAUUCCGUGUUUAUCGCUACCGCCCCGCGCUUUAGCACGACCGGCACUCCUGGUGCAUCUGCCGCAGCGUCCUCCUCAAAGGCCAUUGGCAGUGCUUCCUCCUCUAAGCCGACUCCGAACAGAUACAUGUCCUCCAACGAUGCCAAGCCUUACGUUGCGACCACCUCGGCAAGCGGCUUUGGCGAAGCCGAUGCCAGCAUCUCGGACAUCUUCCGCGCUCUCCUCCUCAGCGGUGCGCUGCAAUACACCAGCACGUGCCUCGCUAUGCCCUUCGAGGUCGGAAAGCUCCUCUUGCAGGUGCAGUGGGUGCCCAGAGACGACGUGUGGAUCUCCAUCACCCAGCAAGCAGCGCUAGCGCAGCGACGUGCAGUCACCGUCAAGCCGAAAGCUCCUCGUCCACAAUCCCACGAAGAAGAGGGUCCGGAUGCCUGGGAGCAGGAAGUCUCACCGGAAGCUAACGAGUGGGAUGAGGAGGCUAACGCACAUCAAGACGAGCUGGAAGACGAGAUUUUUGAGGCGGACCUCUCGGACGAAGACGACGCCGACGCAUACUUCCGCGACGUGACAUCGAAACCCUCUCGACCCGACACGUCGCUCUACUCUGGACGCAAGAAGCAACGCAUGGUCGACGCAUCGGGUUACGUGAUGCGCAAAAGCGUCUACGAUCAGGGCGCGAGACCCGAAUUUGUCAUGCCCGUCGUGGUGCGGGGAGGGGUGUGGGAGAUGAUGAAGGCAGUUGGGCGAGGCAAGGAAGGCUGGCUCGGCCUCUGGAAGGGAUCGUUGACCUCGUUCGUCCUUGAGGUUACAUCGUCCACCAUCCAGCCAAUCAUCUCUUCAGUCCUUUCGCUCUUUGCACCGACAGCGCUGUCCCCCCUGCCGCUGGCUUACGCCCCUUACCCAUACAAGACGCUCGGUCUGCUGCUUUCUUCCCACCUCAUCACGGGCAUCCUCGUCUCGCCACUCGAUCUCGUCCGCACCCGACUGAUCGCACAGAGCACGCUACCAGCACACCGCAAGUACAGCGGGCCGUACGACGCAAUCAAGAAGACGCUUCGCGAGGAAGGUGGCUGGAAGACUGCGUAUUUGCAUCCCAACCUGCUCAUCCCCACCAUCCUCGAUUUCACGCUUCGUCCGCUCCUCUCGCUCGGUGCGCCGCUGCUCAUCGAGCACACGCUUCGACUCGAGCCCAACACGCAUCCCAUCAGCUACGCCAUUGCCGAACUCGCGAUCACGACUGCUUCGCUGUGCAUCACGCUUCCCAUCGAGACCGUGCGUAGGCGGUUGCAGCUUCAGAUCCGCAAGCCGGUCGGUGCAAUCCCGGAGGAGGCAACGGCAAGCUUGACGCGCAAGAUCACAAGUGCGACAGUGCAGCGACAGCAGCAAACGACGACGACGACGACUUCGCACGGCGGAAUCUCGCUGACUACCAGCAAUGUGGGCGUCCGCGGUCUGCGCACGUGUGUCGAAACGCGUCCUAUCGCUUACGUCGGUGUGGUGGAAGCGAUCUACCGCAUCGUAACCGAAGAGACUGUUGCUACGCACGUCCAGUCGGCGGCCAGGGCAGAUCCGAGCUCUGACGAGGCAACAGGCAGUGGCGCGCCCGCCGCCUCGGCUUCGGCGGAGACCCACACCUUGGCACAGUCAGGCAUCUUGGCAGCGAAAACGGGCCACUCGUCGCUCGGUGGCUUGCGUUCGCUCUACCGCGGCUUCGGCAUGGCAUUCAGUGCCAACCUCGUCGUCUUUAUGCUGACACUCGUCAGUGCCUACAAGCUAUCCACGGUCGACGGGCAAGCCGAUAUCGGCGCCUACCACGUGCAGCCCGGCCGCUGCGCUGGAGUCGAACAGCGCCUCCGAGCCAGGUACCGCUACUUUUUCGGCGCCUCGCCGUUUCACACUGCCUUCGAUCAGCUCACCCACCCGGCCCCUUCCUCCAACUCUGACCAAAUGGAUGCCACGGCGCUGUGCGCAUUUAACCCGCUUCUGACCGAAGGCUACGGCGGCGGCUUCGACAACAUGAACUUCUACUUGGUCUACUCGCGUUGCAUUUAUGGGACCGACGAGAUGCGCGUGCUGUGCGGUACAACAGAUGGCAAAGGUGUGCCGAUCGACAGCUAUUUCAACUUGAUCCAGGCGAGGUGUCCAAGAGGUAUGAAGUGCAAGAAUCUGUGCGCAUCGAUGGUCCGCCCGGAGCUGACGAGUCCAUUCGCAGCUAAGCAAGUCCAGUUGGCCCAGUGCAUGGCGGAAAGCCAGUGGCAGACGUUGACGGACAUGUAUAGACCCCAAAAUGCAUCGGCUCCCGCUUCCCCAGCACCGGCGUCAUCGGGCAACCCGGCUAAACCCAAGGCCGCAGCUAAACCCAGCAAGGUCGAUCCCACAGUGGUGGACAAGCCUCCAGUGACGAACCCGACCAAGGACCAGACGCACACCGCCAAAGACGGCACCAUUCCAGGAAAGGUCCUGCCCCCCGACGCUGCGGCUACGGGCGACGAUGCUGCCAAGCCGAAUCCACCUCCAAAGGCUCCCGCUCCCCCUGCUGCCUCCUCUCCUGCCACCCCGGACGCGGGGCAAGCAGCACCGCAUCACUCAACCGACCACCUUCAAACUUCGCCACUGGUCAUCCUCCUCCCGCAACAGCCGCAGACUAAGCCUCCUCCUCCACCUGCUCCCAAGAGCGACGACAAGCCGGCACCGCCAACCGCUGCCGAUCCCCACCCUGCUGAUCCCAAACCGGCUGACUCCAAAAAGGCGGAUCCCAAAGACGGUGCCGGUACCAAGGAUGAACAGGGCAGAUUACCACUGCAAAAGGCGCCUACCUCUAUGGGUUUUCGCAAGCGCUCUUUGCGGGGUGGCUCUCGUCGUCGUCAUCGUCGCGGUACCUCCACGGCUCGAAAUUGA